AUGUCCAGCACAAUUUCGAGCCUUUCAGACCCUCGUUUCGAAACUAGAGUCGAUUUAUCGUUCAUCUUUGCCAAAAUCUCGUGUGUGACAGACGAUGCUCCACUAUCUACCUAUGAAGACUCAUGUAGUGCUCUUGUGCGAGUAACUGAGUUGCUUAGCAUUCUGGCUGCCAUUAUCGAUAGAGAUGCACUUCUUCUGGGUACUCUUUCAGAGUACUUGGUGCCAAGGCUAAAUAAAAUUGUAUCCAGAAUACUCAUAAAAUCGUUUCUAGAUACCUGUAUAACCGAAAUGUGGAGCCAAAGGCUACACGCUGAGGUAUUUGUUUCAUUUGUUACGUUCUUCAAGACCAUAGCGAUAAUUGCAAACGCCUUGAAUUCAAGACUUCCCAAGACGUGCAGGAAGACUGACGAUAAUGAUGACAAUAACGACAACGCUAAUGGGAUCCUUCUGAUAACUGAUUCCAAUAAAAUUGAAAUCAUAGAUAAGUUGUUCGUAGUUUCGGCACAGCACCCAGAGCUCUAUAGGUCAAAAUCACUUCCAGAAUCCUCAUCACCGUCCAAUUACGAAACUACUAAGAUUAAAAGCUCGCUAAACCUCUUUGAAAUGUGCAUUGAAAAGGUGCUACAUGAGGACGUAUCACCAUCAGUGGAGAUAGUACGCUACCUCACGGAAAAGUAUUUGGCUGCAAACUCAUUCAGAAAGGAAGUCAAGUUGUUCCUAAUAAGAGGCUACAUGGGCAGCUGGCAACACAGAGACGUAAUGCCAGGCUCUCAGCACGAUGGUACUGCCAAAAUUGGCCAGCUUGUCGAAUUAAGGAAUAGGAUAAUUCUGAAUGAUGAAGAAAACUUAACGCUAGAGCUUUGUUUGCUUGCCAGGAGCAUCAACAAGUUAAUACUACGGUUCAGAUACAUUAACGGUCAGCUAAAUCACGAAUUACCACAGCAGACCACUCUGGAGUCUUUUGUAAAGGCUCCAAAUGAAUUUGAACAAGCAAAAACUGAAACCACUACCUUGGAUAGCACAGACGAACCAAAACCAAUUGUAAAAGCUCCUGCUCCACACAUCACAGGUAGACCAGAAGAAGAAAAGUCUACACUGGGUAAUAAUGACGGGCCCAAGGGUGAAGAAUCUCCAUCUGCCCAAGCAGAAACAGACAAAUCUAAAUCUACAGCACCAAGCAAGAAAUCACUUUUCAAGUACCUAAGAAAAGGCAGAGCCCACAGAAAAAGAUGA